AUGCGGGGCGUGAAGCAAUACACGCUAGGGCUGGCCGCUACAUUGGGUAUCGAUGUUUCGCAGGCCUUCAAUGCUCCUUCUGAUGUACCGACAUGGUGUGGGAAGCCGUAUAUGAGUUCAAAUGACUCCCUUGAUCCAGGAGGGCAGUUCCAGUUCCCCACCCCGCAAAAAGAUACAUUGCUAUACGUGACUGUUCAGCCACGAUAUAGCAUAUUUCUUGAGAGCGAUGAAUCUGGAUCUUUCAUUGUGGAUGCGGUUAUUUCCCAUACCUUCGGCCAGGCAUACAAGAAUGCCUCGUUCGAUAAUCCUGGGACGAACUCAAGCAAUGCUUUUACCACCGUAGAUUUUGAGAUUCACAACGAAGAGAGCGGAGCACUUCUCGUGUCUAGUUCAGUACCCGUCAACUCGACUGGGAACUUGUUCGGGUUUUCAUUCUCGUCGUUCUCUCCCCGGUUUCAACCUUACGAGAUUUCCAUUUAUGGAACUUCUCCCGACGGUCAGCAGAUAUAUACUGGUAGUACACAAUUAUACAUUCUGCCCUCACGUAUAUACGGCAGUGCUGUGAAAAUCGACAACCUAUUCGGUGGUCUUUACGUCCAAAACGCGAAUAACUCCUAUUCCGGCUGGUACAGUAUCUUCCCAAAUGGAGGCUACGCAGGCGGCGGCCAGGUGAUACCCGACAACAUUACCUACACCCCCCUCGAGACGUACGUGGCUCAAGGCUACAACACCAUCAACAUCGUUCCCGAUGGUGGAACACCAGAGCAAUCCUACCCCACCGCAACCCUAGCCACAUACUGGGACCUCAUGGAUUCCCUCAACCUCUUCAACAUCUACGACAUGCGCUUCGCGUUCCAAAACAGCACCCGCAUAUCCGACCAAGUCGCGCUCUGGCAAAACAGAAGCAGUCUCCUGAUGUGGUAUACAGCAGACGAACCAGACGGCUGGUCCUACGCCUUGAACUCGACGAAAGUGGCCUAUGACCAGUUGAAAGAACUGGAUCCCUACCAUCCUGUCUCCCUGGUUCUCAACUGCCAGGAUUUUUACUACAAGGAAUACGCCGGCGGCGGGGAUAUUAUUUUCGAGGACGCGUACCCGGUUGCUAUAAAUGCUACGUGGUCGAUACCCUGGGACACAGCCUGCAAUACGACGUACGGCGACUGCGGGUGCGAUAAUUGUAUAGGCGAGUUGACUGACGUGUCGGAUCGCCUGGAUGAUUUUGCGCUGUAUCAAGCAAACCUCGGGCCUGGGACGAUAGGAAGGAAGCCUACGUGGAGUGUGCUGCAGGCGUUUGGGGAGCAGGAUUAUUGGCAGAGUAUCCCUAGUGCGCAGGAGGUGGAGAAUAUGAUGAUGUUGAGUGUUAACCACGGUGCGAUGGGGAUUACGUAUUGGAUCUACCCGUCUACGGACGAUAUCAAUGUUGGGGCUGGGGAUCUGGGCAAAGUGUUCCAGACGGAUGUUGUCAAGGGGGUUCUGUUCGGGGCGCAUGUGGUGAAGGGGCUCAAGGUUGGAGGCGAGGUGCUGGUAGAUGCUAGUGCGUGGGUCUUGGGCGGGAAGAUGUUGGUUGGGGUUGCGAGUGGCCAGUACACGGAUGAUAAUGCGGUGGUUAGUAUCGAGUUGCCUGGGAGUGUUGAUGCUGUAGAGCAGGUGCUGUACGGGGAUCCGAGUUGGGCUGUUGAGGAUGGUAAAUUGACGAAAAGCGGGCUGAAGGCGCUCGAGGUGAGUGUUCUAGUCUUGAAUAUCAGCUCUUGA